UCUAAUUCUUACCUCCAAACACUACUAUUCUUUGUACAACGGCCUAAACUCUCCUCUAUUGUUAUUACCACUGUACUACCUACCACCCUUACCUACUACAUCCAGCUACAAGCUCAAGUCACAUAUAUCUAAGACACUCAACAUGGAUAGUUCUAAAGACAGCACUGGUCCAACCAACUCUGGAACCUCUCGCCGAAGAAGCUCCGGCCCAUCCUUCGACAACCUGAUGAACCAAAAGCGCGGCAGCGACCCUAGGUCAAUGGCCAGGCGAGCCAGCCUCCACGAGCAGAAGCCUACGUCGGGUUUCAUCGGGCAGAUGUGGCACAACUUCACGCGUGGUCCGCAGAGCCCCACGAAAUAGAUCACACCCAACCCCUUUUCUAGCCGCAAGCAAGUCGGCGAUACAGGGUUAAGAAGACUUCAUGGGUGUUCAAGUGAAGGCGUCAAUAUGUUAAACACAUAUACUCACAUUACCUACCUACCUACCAACCAAACCUACCAACCUACCUGGACCUACCUCACAUCACUGAGCUCAUCUCGCCAUACGCAUCCCAAUAUGCCAUUAAACUCAAAAAACGUCAAGUAAAUACAGGAUUCUGUGGUAGUUUCUACCUACAAAAGCUGUCGUGGGUCACCAAAUUGCAAGAAAUGGAAUGGAUAUUAGUCUUCUUUCUUUCUUACCUUACCUGAUUUUACUUUACCACCCACGCUAUGGAUUAGUAUAACGCCGAGGGUCGAUCUGGAAAGAUGAUAAGGCUGGUAGCUGGCGUUUUGAGUUGGGUUGUAUAUGAUAACUACCUCUAUAAUUAAAAAAAUUACAAAAAAUACUUGUUCAUGAAUUAUCCUACCUAUGUACUUACAUACGCACCUUAUAUGUUGGUACUCUUGAAAAACUUGGGAAUGUGAUAAUGCAUUUUUGCCCCUUUUUCCAAAGCUUGAAUCCUGUAACCUAGAGAAUAUCCAAAAUCUCAAUAUAUUAGUUCACCAA